GACUGUUUUCCUUAGGCCUCUCUGGUUCCCGACCUUCUCGUCUCUUUCGUCGCCCCCUCUUUUCCUUCUCAGGAAGGGAACGCGGAAGGCAAAGCCGACAAAUCCAGCAUUAGCCAGGCGGGAAGCGGGCGGAGGAGGGCAUUGGCUGGCGAGAGAGAAGCAUAACGACCAUGGAGGACACCGCCGAUCACCCCCUCCUUUCCCUCUCCGACGACGGGCAGGCAUCCGUGGGCAGCCCUUCGUCUUCCUCCUCGGCUUCUCCGCCGCCGCCUCCCCCUUCUCCUCCCACGGUUUCGAGGGCCUCCAGGUACGAUGAUGACGAUGACGACGAAGGCGACGUGUGCCGGAUCUGCCGCAACGCGGGGGACGACGAUAACCCCCUUCGGUAUCCUUGCGCGUGCAGCGGGAGCAUCAAGUUUGUGCACCAGGACUGCCUCCUCCAGUGGCUUAACCACAGCAACGCGCGUCAGUGCGAGGUCUGCAAACAUACUUUUUCUUUCUCCCCUGUGUAUUCUGAGAACGCUCCUGCAAGGCUGCCUCUUAAAGAAUUUGUUGUUGGAACAGCAAUGAAAGCAUGCCAUGUUAUGCAAUUCUUCUUACGGCUUGCUUUUGUUCUUUCUGUUUGGCUCCUUAUGAUACCAUUUAUUACUUUUUGGAUUUGGCGCCUAACCUUUGUGAGGAGUCUUGGUGAAGCUCAGAGGCUAUUUUUGAGCCAUCUAUCUGCUCCUGUAAUACUCACAGAUUGUUUACAUGGUUUCCUACUUUCUGCUAGCAUUGUGUUCAUAUUUCUUGGGGCAACCUCUUUAAGAGAUUAUUUUAGACAUUUACGUGAACUUGGAGGUAAUGAUGCUGAGAGGGACGAUGAAGGUCAGGAAAGGAACGGGGCUCGUGCUGUUAGGAGGUUGCCUGGUCCAGUUAACAGGAAUCCUGCUGGUGAUGGAAAUGUUGAAGAUGCUGGUGGAGCUCAAGGUAUUGCUGGAGCUGGCCAAUUGAUUAGAAGAAAUGCAGAAAAUGUUGCUGCUCGAUUGGAAAUGCAAGCUGCUCGUCUUGAAGCCCAGGUUGAACAGAUAUUUGAUGGACUAGAUGAUGCUGAUGGCGCUGAAGAUGUGCCAUUUGAUGAGCUUGUAGGAAUGCAAGGGCCUGUAUUUCAUUUGGUUGAAAAUGCUAUAACGGUGUUGGCAAGCAAUGCUAUUUUCCUGGGUGUUGUCAUUUUUGUCCCUUUCUCAUUAGGGAGGAUCUCUCUCUACUACAUCACAUGGUUCUUUUCAUCAGUUUCUAGCCCAGUGACCGAAAAAGUUGUGCCCAUUUCAGAAUCAGCCCUCUCAGUAAUGAAUAAUACAUUGAAGAAUGGACUGAUUGCUAUGAAGAACUUGUCAACUGAGAAUCAUGCGGAUGGUGUCUUGGACCAGAUACUGGAGGUGGUUAAUGGAUCCCAAAUAGUGAAUGCCACUGGAACGAAUGAGAUCUCAAUCAUUGUUGGCAGGACCACUGCUGCUGAUCUUCUCAAGGGGACAAUAGCUGGGUCCUCCCAUCUUUCUGAUGUGACUACCCUUGCUGUCGGCUAUAUUUUCAUAUUCUGCUUUGUUUCCUUUUAUCUUGGUCUUGUUGCUUUGAUACGAUAUAGUAGAGGCGAGCGCAUUAUAUUCGGGAGGCUCUAUGGCCUACUUGCUGCAGCAGAAGCAAUUCCUUCUCUCCUUGGGCAAUUUCUUGCAGCAAUGAGACAUCUGAUGACAAUGGUUAAGGUUGCAUUUUUGUUGAUUAUUGAACUUGGAGUCUUUCCACUUUUAUGUGGGUGGUGGCUCGAUGUGUGCACUUUGAAGAUGCUGGGGACAACAAUUACUCAAAGAAUUGAAUUAUUUUCUGCCUCACCAUUAGCUAGCUCCUCGAUUCACUGGCUUGUUGGCAUAGUUUACAUGCUCCAAAUCAGCAUUUUCGUCAGUCUUCUCAGAGGGGUAUUGAGGAACGGAGUUUUAUAUUUUCUGCGGGAUCCAGCAGAUCCAAACUAUAAUCCAUUCCGUGACCUCAUUGAUGACCCAGUGCAUAAACACGCACGGCGUGUAUUGCUAUCUAUUGCUGUUUAUGGUAGUCUGAUAGUGAUGCUUGUCUUUUUACCCGUGAAGCUUUCUAUGCGCCUCUUACCUUCUAUGUUCCCUCUGGACAUCACUAUUUCUGAUCCAUUUACGGAAAUUCCUACAGAUGUUCUGCUGUUCCAAAUUUGCAUACCAUUUGCUAUCGAGCACUUUAAGCUACGUACAACAAUAAAAUCUCUUUUGCACCAUUGGUUUACUGCAGUUGGUUGGGCUCUUGGUUUGUCUGACUACUUGCUACCUAGAGCUGAGGACAAUGGAAACCAAGAUGCUGGCAACAUUGAACCAGUGAGACGGGACAGAUUACACAAUGCUCGCCUUGGUGGACCUCAACAGAAUGAUCUACCUUUGGUGCCAAGAAUUGCCGCUGAUGAUCAAGGCAGGGAUGAUAUUAUCGGAAAUGCAGAUGUGGCUGAAGAAUCUGAUGCUGAUGAUCAAGCAGAUUCUGAGUAUGGUUUCGUACUCCGGAUUGUCUUUUUGCUAGUAUUGGCAUGGAUGACUCUUUUGAUUUUCAACUCUGCAAUGAUCAUCCUUCCCGUCUCCCUCGGUCGUGCGCUGUUUAAUGCCAUUCCUAGACUUCCAAUUACUCAUGGCUUCAAGUGCAAUGAUCUCUUUGCUUUCAGCAUUGGCUCUUACAUCAUCUGUACCACUGUAGCUGGAACAAGGUAUUCUGUUGAUUACAUCAAAACCCGUAGACUACGUGUUUUGCUUUUGCAGACAUGGAGGUGGGGAACAAUUAUAGUCAAGAGCUCUGCCCUUUUGUCAAUAUGGAUAUUUAUCAUUCCAGUACUUAUUGGUCUCUUGUUCGAGCUUCUGGUGAUUGUGCCUCUGAGGGUGCCUGUGGAUGAAAGCCCGGUAUUUCUCCUCUACCAGGACUGGGCUUUAGGGCUCAUCUUCUUGAAGAUCUGGACUCGCUUGGUGAUCUUGGAUCAGAUGGCGCCACUAGUAGACGAAAACUGGCGUCGGAAGUUUGAAAGAGUAAGAGAGGAUGGCUUCUCGCGACUGCAGGGAUUGUGGGUGCUACGUGAGAUAAUGAUUCCAAUCGUCUCAAAGCUUCUGACUGCACUCUGCAUUCCCUACGUCUUCGCAAAAGGCAUCUUCCCUGUCUUUGGUUAUCCGCUGAUAGUGAAUUCCGCUGUGUACCGUUUUGCAUGGCUGGGAUGCCUCCUGUUCAGUUUAUUCUGCUUCUGCGCCAAGAGGUUCCACGUCUGGUUCACCAACCUUCACAAUUCCAUCAGGGACGACCGGUAUCUCAUUGGACGAAGGCUGCAUAACUUUGGCGAAGUGUUUACCGGCGAUCAAGAGUCUAGGUCUGACAGUCAGGAGUCAAACUCUGCUGAUGCUGGUUUAAUACUUCAUGAGCAAGAGGCUGCCAUGGGGUUGAGGCUUAGGCGAGCAAAUCAACGCCAGCACAUCAGGUAGGUUCUUAGCCCGAAGAUGCGUGUACUCGACUCAAUAGUUUGUUAUACAUAAACGUACCAUUUAGGUUGAAGGUUAUAACAUGUUUUUUGAUGGACUUAACGAAGUUGCUUGACGACUUUUUAAGUGACAGUAUUCCCAUAAAAGAAGCCACCGAUAUUAAUUGAUGA